AUGCAGACCAGGUCAGAGACACAUUCACGAGCAGGAUCGGGGGGGCAGUACAUUUGGCAAGGACGACGCAGCAGUGCGGCCCGACACAGGCUCUCGGGAUUCGCGCGGCCAGGGACUGUGAGGCCACAACACUGCGUGGGAAUAGAACGAUCAGGGCAAAUGAUCAAGAGCAACAGUAGGCGUCGACAACAAAGCCGUGAAGCAUGGCCAAAGGGGCUGGCGCACGAAGGGAGUCUGGCGAGAAUGACGAGAGAAGAGGAGAAAAAAGGAUGGGAUGUCGACAUGCAGCAGCAGAAUCGGGUUUUAUGCACAUCUUUCGUGACUGCAACUUCCUUGAUGUCCUGUCAGGAAGCUUGUGGAAGCGAGGAACUUGCCUGGCACUUCCUUCUCAUCGGGUUGGGACAUGGCAGCCCGGCAUGA